GGUGGAGUUUGCUGUCUCGUGAGAGGCAAUCUCCAUGUUCAUUCGGUUGACCGUGCAUCGCCUAACAAAGCAGAUGUCCUCUGCGUCGACCUUCUUUGUCCCCACAAUGCCUCACGAAUUCGCUUCAUUCUCGUGUAUCGUCCACCCAAUAUGAGCAAAAAUGAGGAUGAGGAACUUAUCGAUGUCCUUCGUGACACUGUCGCAACUCAUACUAACACCAUAAUGCUAGGUGACUUCAAUCUUCUGUUCUUCCGAGGCAGUGGCCUCGAACAGCAUGUUUCUCUACCAACCCAUGGCAGGAACAUUCUUGAUUUAGUGUUGUCGACAUUUAACAACAUAAGAGAGGUCACGACUUCGUCUCCGCUGGCAAACUCUGAUCACUCCAUUGUUCGUUUCAAAGUACUGGGAGACUUCGAGAGUCUUGACGGUUACUUGUCUACCGUUGACUGGCUCACGUUGUUUGACCAAUACGUCUCAAUGGACGAUGUGUACCAAAGGUUUUGCAGACUUCUAUAUCAUGCGUUGUCACUAUUUGUUCCCAUGAAAGUCCGAGAGAUUCGCCCUCCGCAUAUUACAAAUUUGUUGACUCAGAAAGAGCGUCUAUUCUGCGACCUAGAAUUCCCGUUGAGCAGUUCGCUAUACAAAAAAGUGUGUUCCGAUGUUGACCGCCAUUUAAAGAAAUUUAUCGCAAGUUUAGAGCGUCGCCUUGGACGUCAAACUUCACUGAAGCGCCUUUCACUCAUACAUUGGCAAUAA